CCCAGAAAAUAAAAAUCUCCAAAACAUUUGAGAAAUUGCCCACCAACUUCCUUCUUCUUUUCCUGACUUGCGCUCCCUUUUUCAUCAACGAACUUCCUUCUUCAAGAAACCCCCUCACCCAAAAAGCCAUUAGAUUUCCUUCUCUCUUCAAAUCUUCAAUCCCCAAUCUUCGCCUUCGUGUUUUUCUUCUCUCGAAAUUUCAUAAUUACUCCUGCUUUGGUCAUCGGUAAGUUGUCGAUUUCCAUAUUCGAUUUCUCUUCUCAAUUCGAAGGCUGGGGUUUCCUUGCUUCUUAGCUGAAAACCCUAGUCUAAUUCUACUUUCUAGGAAUUUUUGAAAAGCUUAAUGUUUUAGUUUAGAUAAAGAGGUUAUCAAUGAGGAAUACUUGUAUUUAUUCCUGUAAAAAUCCCAAAUUUCAUGGGAUUUUCAAUGGAUUAUCUGCUGUUGUUCUAUUUUCCUUAUUCUACACGCGGGUAGAUUUCUUAAGAAACCCUCAUAUUGGCCAGUCAUCUCUGCUUGUUAACCAUAAUUUGACUCAAAGAACUGGUUUUGCUGAUGGGUUUGAUCAUGUUAGUGUAAUUCAUCGAAAAAUUAGUGAACUUGAUGCUAAUUCAUCAAAUUUAGCUGUUAGGAAUGGUCAAGAGAAUGAGUUGAAUGUAAACUUGAGCAACCCUGCUUUGUGUACUGGAUUGUUUGAUCAUAAGGGUUUUGCUAAUCAAUGUGAGUUCUUGAAAGCGAAUCCACAUUGUUCUUCAGAUGGAUUCUUUGAUUACAUUAAGUUUUUCUAUUGUGGUUGUGGAGAUUUUAAGAUAGUGGGAUAUGUGAUAUUGGGUUUUUGGCUUGCCGCUUUGUUUUAUCUAUUGGGCAACACAGCAGCGGAUUACUUUUGCUGUUCAUUGGAGAAGCUUUCACAUCUGCUUAGGUUGCCUCCGACUGUUGCUGGGGUUGCGCUCCUUCCUUUGGGGAAUGGGGCACCGGAUGUGUUUGCAAGUAUAGCUGCUUUCUUGGGGACGGACACAGGUGAAGUGGGUCUUAAUAGUGUAUUGGGUGGUGCAGUUUUUGUUACUUGUGUUGUUGUAGGGACUGUCUCCCUUUGUGUAGCAGAGAAGGGGGUUCAGAUUGAUAAAAGAUGCUUCAUUAGGGAUAUCUGUUUCUUUCUUUUUACGCUCAUGUCACUUAUGAUGAUAUUGGUUAUUGGUAAGGUGAGUGUUUGGGGUGCCAUUGUAUUUGUCUUGAUAUAUGUGAUUUAUGCAUUUUCUGUGGCUGCAAAUGAGAUUCUGAGGAAACAUGCACGAAGGUUGAAAUUGGAUGUUGUUACACCAUUGCUUCCUGUCCGAGGAAGUCUGUUUUCACAAGGAAGUGAAGAGGAUGUUUUUGUAUAUAGUUCUCUGCUUGAUGUGGACACUGAAGAUGAUCCACCCCAACUCCCUAGUUCCCUGCCACAGUGGAUGUGGGCUUCAAAUGUUGCUAUAUAUUCAAACCACUUCAUGAAGGUCAGCUCAUUCGAGGAAGAGAGGCCUCCAUGGGGUUGGACUGAAGAGGGCAUGGAAACUAAUGACUCAUCAUUCUCAUGUUCUAAAUUAUUUUCACUAUUGGAGUUGCCACUGAGAGUUCCAAGGCGGCUAACGAUUCCUCUAGUCGAGCAGGAAUCAUGGUCGAAACCAUAUGCUGUAGCUAGUGCUUCAUUGGCUCCUGUUCUUUUGGCAUUUCUGUGGAAUAGGCAAGGUGAUGUGGGCUCCCUGGGCCGAGUGGUGGCAUGGUUUAUUGGUGUUGCAGUUGGUUGCACUCUUGGUAUUCUUGCAUAUCAGCAUACUAUAUCUGAUCAUCCACCUCGGAGGUUUUUAAUUCCUUGGGUAUUAGGGGGAUUUUUUAUGAGCAUUGUAUGGUUUUAUAUGAUUGCUAAUGAGCUUGUUGCCCUGUUGGUAGCAUUUGGUGUGAUUUUUGGAAUUAAUCCAUCCAUUCUUGGAGUAACUAUUCUGGCUUGGGGCAAUUCAAUGGGUGAUUUGGUUUCGAAUGUUGCACUAGCAAUGAAUGGUGGUGAUGGUGUACAGAUUGCCUUGUCCGGUUGCUAUGCAGGUCCCAUGUUCAACACACUUGUUGGUUUGGGUAUCUCAAUGCUGCUUGGAGCUUGGUCAAAGAGUCCUUCCUCAUACGUGGUUCCACAGGAUAGCAGCUUGUUUUAUACCAUGGGGUUUCUCAUGUCAGGAUUAAUUUGGGCACUUAUAGUUUUGCCUCGGAACGACAUGCGGCCUAGCAAGAUAUUAGGAGUGGGUCUUAUAAUGCUCUAUUUGAUAUUUCUUUCUUUCAGGGUGAGCAGUGCUAUGGGGCUUAUAUCACUGGGCGGUUUAAGUUGAUUUUUGUUUUGGUUGUAAUUAGAUGGACCACUAAUCUCAACAUGUUAGAAAAGAGGAGUCAGAUUGAUUAGCUUAUCAGUUUCCAACGACCAUCAACCAUAAGGUUUGUGUGGCAGAGAAAGCCAUUGUUGUAUCUCUGGACAUAAUGUAAGCCUGCAUAGGCAAAAGAUGAUAACUCGCUGAAUUCCUCUUGGGCUCCCAAGUAUUUGUCAAAUCACCUCAUCUGUAAAUUCUAGCACCAUUCAUUUAUUUGGAACCUGUCUCGUUCUUUUGGUAGAUCAUUUGGUAUCCCUUUAUCUUGGACUCGAUUGUCCUUGUGCA